AUGGCGAGCCCCGGCCCGGCCGCGGCGCUCGAGUCCCCGCGGCAGCUGCUGGGCCGCGUGCGCUUCCUGGCGGAGGCCGCACGGAGCCUCCGCGCGGGGCUGCCGUUGCCGGCGGCGCUGGCUUUCGUGCCGCGAGAGGUGCUCUACAAGCUGUACAAGGACCCCGCGGGACCGUCGCGCGUGUUGCUGCCGGUGUGGGAGGCAGAGGGCCUGGGACUGCGCGUGGGUGUCGCGGGCCCGGUCCCGGGGACGGGCUCCGUACCGCUCCGCGCCGCCCGCGACAGCAUCGAGCUCCGGCGCGGCGCCUGCGUGCGCACCACCGGCGAAGAGCUGUGCAACGGCCACGGGCUCUGGGUGAAGCUGACCAAGGAGCAGCUGACCGAACACCUAGGGGACUGCGGACUGGACGAAGGCUGGCUGCUGGUGUGCCGCCCGGCGGAGGGCGGGGCCCGCCUGGUACCCAUCGACACCCCGGACCACCUCCAGCGGCAGCAGCAGCUCUUCGGUGUGGACUACCGGCCGGUACUCAGAUGGGAACAGGUGGUGGACCUGACAUACUCACACCGCCUUGGGUCGAGGCCUCAGCCAGCAGAGGCUUACACAGAAGCUGUACAAAGGCUACUCUAUGUGCCCCCAACAUGGACCUAUGAGUGCGACGAGGACCUGAUCCACUUCCUGUACGACCACCUGGGCAAAGAAGAUGAGAACCUGGGUAGCGUGAAGCAGUAUGUGGAGAGCAUAGACGUUUCCUCCUACACGGAGGAAUUUAAUGUGUCCUGCCUGACAGACAGCAAUGCAGAUACCUACUGGGAGAGCGAUGGGUCCCAGUGCCAACACUGGGUUCGGCUUACCAUGAAGAAGGGCACUAUUGUCAAGAAGCUGCUACUCACGGUGGACACCACAGAUGACAACUUCAUGCCUAAGCGGGUGGUGGUUUAUGGGGGUGAAGGAGACAACCUAAAGAAGCUGAGUGACGUGAGCAUUGACGAAACCCUAAUUGGAGAUGUCUGUGUCUUGGAAGACAUGACAGUCCACCUCCCAAUCAUCGAAAUCCGCAUCGUGGAGUGUCGAGAUGAUGGGAUUGAUGUUCGUCUUCGAGGGGUCAAGAUCAAGUCAUCUAGACAGCGUGAACUAGGCUUGAAUGCAGACCUAUUCCAGCCAGCCAGUCUAGUGCGAUAUCCACGCCUGGAAGGCACUGACCCAGAAGUACUGUACCGCAGAGCUGUCCUCCUGCAGAGAUUUAUCAAGAUCCUAGACAGUGUUCUGCACCACUUGGUACCUGCAUGGGACCACACUUUGGGCACCUUCAAUGAGAUUAAGCAAGUGAAACAGUUCCUUUUGCUGUCGCGCCAGCGGCCCAGCCUGGUGACCCAGUGCCUGCGAGACUCAGAAAGCAGCAAGCCCAGCUUCAUGCCACGCCUGUAUAUCAACCGCCGCCUUGCUAUGGAACACCGGGCCUGCCCCUCUCGAGACCCUGCCUGCAAGAAUGCAGUCUUCACUCAGGUUUACGAAGGCCUCAAGCCCUCUGACAAGUAUGAAAAGCCCCUGGAUUACAGAUGGCCCAUGCGCUAUGAUCAGUGGUGGGAAUGUAAAUUCAUUGCAGAAGGCAUCAUUGACCAAGGGGGUGGUUUCCGGGAUAGCCUGGCAGAUAUGUCAGAAGAGCUGUGCCCUAGCUCAGCCGACACCCCUGUGCCUCUGCCCUUCUUUGUGCGCACAGCCAACCAGGGCAAUGGUACUGGUGAGGCACGGGACAUGUAUGUGCCCAACCCCUCUUGCCGAGACUUUGCCAAGUAUGAGUGGAUCGGACAGCUGAUGGGGGCUGCUCUUCGGGGUAAAGAGUUCCUGGUCCUGGCUUUGCCUGGGUUCGUGUGGAAGCAGCUCUCUGGUGAGGAGGUGAGCUGGAGCAAGGACUUCCCAGCUGUGGACUCUGUGCUGGUGAAGCUCCUGGAAGUGAUGGAAGGAAUGGACAAGGAGACCUUUGAAUUCAAGUUUGGGAAAGAGCUAACAUUCACCACUGUACUAAGUGACCAACAGGUGGUGGAGCUGAUUCCUGGGGGCACAGGCAUCGUGGUGGGAUAUGAGGACCGUUUUCGUUUCAUCCAACUGGUGCAGAAGGCACGUCUAGAGGAGAGCAAGGAACAGGUGGCAGCCAUGCAGGCAGGUCUGCUCAAGGUGGUGCCCCAGGCUGUCCUAGAUUUGCUGACCUGGCAAGAGUUGGAGAAGAAGGUGUGCGGGGACCCAGAGGUCACUGUGGAUGCUCUGCGUAAGCUCACUCGGUUUGAGGACUUUGAGCCAUCUGACACCCGAGUACAGUAUUUUUGGGAGGCCCUGAACAAUUUCACCAAUGAGGACCGAAGCCGUUUCUUGCGCUUUGUCACAGGCCGCAGCCGCCUACCAGCACGGAUCUACAUUUACCCAGACAAAUUAGGGUAUGAGACCACAGAUGCGCUGCCCGAGUCUUCCACCUGCUCCAGCACCCUCUUCCUCCCACACUAUGCCAGUGCCAAGGUGUGCGAGGAGAAGCUGCGCUAUGCUGCCUACAACUGCGUGGCCAUUGACACCGACAUGAGCCCCUGGGAAGAGUGAGGCAGUGAAGCACCCAACUGUCCUUCCCCAGACCAACACACCUUCCUGGUUUGGGUCUGUAACCCUGAAGGGAGGUGAUGUGUUCAAAAAACCCUCAGUGCAGUGGUCCUGCUCCUGGGCGCAGGCGGAGCGGGAGCCCUGAGUUGACACUGGUGAUCCAGCCCUACAGACCCACGAGCCCUACUGUGCUGGGGAACACUUCCCAACGCGUGUAGCCUGUGUGCGAAGGAGCCUUCCACAAGCCAGCACGAGCUGCCAGGCCAAAGCUACUUGAAGGGAGCCACCUAGCUCCCCACCCUAUGAACUUUGAUUCCAUUUUUGGUUCCUCCUGUUUUCUCCUCUUGUGGCUUCAGCCAUGGCUCAAAAAUUGGAAAAUCUUGUGGGAUGAUGUAUAUUCUUCCUUAAGCAAGGAACCAAGAUUAGAGUAAUAGUCAUCGUCUUUAGUCGCCUACCCCCAAAAUGAAGCCUCAUCUCCUUCCCUUGCCUCCUGGCUUUUCUUUCCUCCCCCUCUAUACCAGAGCUGUGAGCCUUGACCCUGCUCUGAAUCAGUCUCAACCAACAAAGUGCCGCCACCUCCUCUGGCUCAGAACCCACAUUCACUCAACGUGCUGUCUUUGUCACCACCCCAUGCUCACGUCUGCAUCACCUCCUGCUGGACGUCUUUCACCCCCAAGAUUUUGCACAGCUUAAGGACAAUGAUGUCCUCCCAAAUUUCAAUAGCUCCCCUUUACUCUAAAAUAAAGGCUAGACUUUAAACUUGUUCCUAGGGCUGUGCACAGCCCUCCCUGCCCCAGCCCUUCUUGAGGCACAAUGACACUCCUUCAACAGAAGGCCUUGCAGAUAGAAAGAUGAAUAAAUGGUUGAGUUCGUUCCUUA